AUGUCGCUGUCCACGAGCAUUCAGACCCCCAACGUCACUUAUGAGCAGCCCUUGGGCUUGUUCAUCAACAACGAAUUUGUCAAGGGCGUCGAGGGUAAGACUUUCGAGACUGUCAACCCUACCACCGAGAAGCCCAUUGUCGCGGUCCACGAGGCUACCGAGAAAGAUGUCGAUGUCGCCGUGAGUGCGGCCCGCGAGGCCUUUGAGGGCGUAUGGCGCACCGUGACCCCCUCGAACCGCGGCCGUAUGCUCACCAAGCUGGCCGACCUCUUCGAGCGUGACAUGGAAAUUCUGGCCUCCAUCGAAGCCCUGGACAAUGGCAAGGCCAUCACCAUGGCCAAGCUCGAUGUCGGCAACGCCGCCGGCUGCUUGCGCUACUACGGUGGCUGGGCCGACAAGAUCGUUGGCCAGACGAUUGACACCAACACCGAGACUUUCUCCUACACCCGCCACGAGCCCAUUGGUGUUUGCGGCCAGAUCAUUCCCUGGAACUUCCCCAUUUUGAUGUGGUCCUGGAAGAUUGGUCCCGCCAUUGCCGCCGGCAACACCGUCGUCCUCAAGACCGCUGAACAAACGCCUCUGUCGGGUUUGUACGCGGCCAAGCUCAUUCAGGAGGCUGGCUUCCCUCCUGGUGUGAUUAACAUCAUCUCGGGUCUCGGUCGCACUGCCGGUGCCGCCAUCUCGAGCCAUAUGGAUAUCGACAAGGUUGCCUUCACCGGCUCCACCCUGGUCGGUCGUAUGAUCCUGCAGGCCGCCGCCAAGAGCAACCUGAAGAAGGUGACGCUCGAGCUGGGCGGCAAGUCGCCCAACAUUGUCUUCAACGAUGCGGACAUCGACAACGCUAUCACCUGGUCCAACUUUGGUAUCUUCUACAACCACGGUCAGUGCUGCUGUGCUGGUUCCCGCCUGCUGGUCCAGGAGGGCAUCUACGACAAGUUCGUGGCUCGCUUCAAGGAGCGUGCGGCCCAGAACAAACUCGGCAACCCCUUCGAGCAGGAGACCUUCCAGGGUCCCCAGGUCUCGCAGCUCCAGUUUGAGCGUAUUAUGGAGUACAUCGAGCACGGCAAGAAGGAGGGCGCCACCGUCGCCCUGGGUGGUGACCGUCACGGCAAGGAGGGCUACUUCAUCAAGCCCACCAUCUUCACCGAUGUCAAGCCGGACAUGAAGAUCGCCCAGGAGGAGAUUUUCGGCCCCGUCAUCGUCGUUCAAAAGUUCAAGGAUGAGGCCGAGGCCAUCAAGAUCGGCAACGACUCCACCUACGGUCUGGCCGCUGGCGUGCACACCAAGGACCUGAACACCGCAAUUCGGGUAUCCAACGCUCUCCGAGCUGGUACCGUGUGGGUUAACAACUACAACUUGAUCAACUACCAGGCUCCGUUUGGUGGUUUCAAGGAGUCUGGCAUUGGCCGCGAGCUGGGAUCCUACGCCCUGGAGAACUACACCCAGAUCAAGACGGUCCACCACCGCCUGAGUGAUGCACCGUUCUCGUAA